AUGGCGCCCUUUGAGUAUGACCGUAUUAUCGAGAUCGGCAAGAAAAUCGAGAAAAAGCUGGGCAUUCCGGGCGUGUCGAUGAAAGACAUGUACGCCGAUGGGCAGAUCAACCAAAACCUUGUCAUCAACGCCAUGUAUUCCAAGCUUUACAACGAGGCAUAUGGCACCCUCUGCGAACGCCUUCUUUUGCGGCUGGUCGAGCACACUGGGCUCAACUCGGUAGACGAUAUUGCUCGAUCACUGAAGUGCCAGCCGAGUGAUGACUCCCUGGUCAACAUAUGGCCACAUGAGCGCUCGCUUUCCAUGCUCGAAUACAACCUUCUGUGCUAUGUCUUUGAAAAUAUUGGCCACCGCAUUGACCCAAACUACAAUCCGUAUUCCGCUGCCAACACAUCUGCAGACAACGCCCCGCAUAAGCCCAGCCAGCUGACAAAUAUGCCGCAUUACCAGAAAUCUCGCGAGGAUGUGCGCAGCUUGUCAGAUGCUGUUGUUCAUGCUGAUUCUCCGGUCAAAGCAGCCACGCAGCGCAUCAAAUUGAAGCUGGGGCGCGUGUACAAUCACUUGCCCUUGUCGCACGAACCAACGCAUCAGUCAGUGGAAAGCUUUAUCGCAUCAAACAUAGCCAGCAAGACCCGGGGCAGGCGAGUUUCAAGGCAGCGCUUCAAUCUACAGUCUGCUCGUAAAAACCUUUCAAAAAAUGUGCGGUCUAGAUCGCCCGCGUCUUCAGUGGUUGCGAUCGACAUGCCGUCUAGUCCAGAUUAG